AACAACCACACGACACAUCACAGCCGACGUGGCAUAUAGUAUGCCGCCCCUUGCCCCUUCCGCUAUUAAAACGGGGAUUUCCUGCUGUUUCACCCAGUUCUGAAGAUUUCAGCAGGCAACCGAAGCACGAGCAUCCCCUUCAUCCCAGCAAUCACCAAAUCGUGAGAUAAGCAGAAGAGACCGGCGGAGCGGCCAUGGACAGCGGCAGCCCGGUGAUGACGGAGAGCGAGCGGCGCGCGUACCGGUACGCGCAGGCGCCGAGGGUGCAGGGCCUCGGCGUGAGGAAGUCGUGGUCCAACGACUCCCUCUUCAGCCUCGUCGGCUCCGCCAGAGGGGUCACCGUCCACUCCUGCGUCUGCGCGCCCACCACGCACCCCGGAUCAUUCCGCUGCAAGCACCACCGACAGAACCAGAACGCCUACCAGAUCGGCGGCGCCGGCCAGUCCACGGCCGACGCCGACGCCGACGUGAAGCGCGGCGACGAGGCCCACCAAGAAGCUUCGUCGUCCGCGGAGCAGGAGAAGGCGUCCUGAAGGCGACCGCGCGCGCCUUCUUCUUCGCAGGCCGGCAGGAAUGUGUCGCCGCUCUGUGUGGUUGUACCUCUACGUGUACGUGCGUCUGGGUGAUGUGACCACCGUGGACGGACCCCCGUUUACCGCUGAAUAUGUGGACAGCUUUUUUCCUCUGUAAAUUUUCAAGAGUUGGUUUUCUUUGAAGUGUAUUUGAUUUUUAGUUAUCUUCUUGAGAGAGGAGGGUGAAUUUCACUUUUUUUCUUAGUUAUGUAAUACGGAAUAGAAACAUGAAUAUGGCUUAUAAAACAAAAACAAGUGAAAGGUUCUUGAUGAGAAUUUAAGAAA